GCCCAUACUGAACGACUUCUUUUGCCGCUAAAACUAAACUCGCUCUAUGCCAACUGAUAUAUAACAUCAAGAAGACGAAGAAAGUGGCUCCAGCUUCUGCUCCCUGUAUGUGUGGAUAAAAGUUACAUUGAAGAAAAGAUUUUGGAAUCAGCGUGGCUCAAAUCGGCAGCUGAAAAUGGGGAUCUCUGGACUGCUGCAGUUCAUCAAAGACGCAGCAGAGCCCAUCAGCGUGAAAAAAUACAAAGGCCAAACCGUGGCUGUGGACACGUACUGUUGGCUGCAUAAAGGAGCGUUUUCAUGUGCUGAGAAGCUCGCUAAAGGAGAGCCAACUGAUCAGUAUGUGUGGUACUGCAUGAAAUUUGUGGACAUGCUGUUGAGCUUCAGAGUCAAACCAAUUCUGGUGUUUGAUGGACGCAAUCUGCCUUCAAAAAAAGAAGUGGAAAAAGCUCGCAGAGACCGCAGAGAGGCCAACCUUCAGAAAGGCCGACAGCUGCUACGUGAGGGCAAAGUGUCUGAGGCCAGAGACUGUUUUACCCGCUGUGUGAACAUCACCCCAGCCAUGGCUCAUAACCUUAUCAAGGCUGCGAGGGCAAGAGGGGUGGACUGUGUUGUGGCUCCAUAUGAAGCUGAUGCUCAGUUAGCUUACCUCACUAAAUCUGGUUUGGCCCAGGCUGUCAUCACAGAAGACUCUGACCUGCUGGCAUUUGGCUGCAAAAAGGUCAUCCUCAAAAUGGACAAACAGGGCAACGGCCUGGAGAUAGAUCAAAAUAACCUUGGCCGCUGCCGCUCUCUGGGGAACGUUUUCACAGAGGAGAAGUUUCGCUACAUGUGCAUCCUCUCUGGCUGCGAUUAUCUGGCCUCCCUGCAUGGUAUCGGCCUGGGCAAGGCCUGCAAGCUGCUGCGGCUGGCCAAAGACCCUGAUAUUCUAAAGGUGAUCAGAAAGAUGGGCCAGUACCUGAAGAUGAAUCUAGUCGUCCCUGAACAGUACAUCGAAGGAUUCAUCAGAGCCAAUAACACCUUUCUCUACCAGCUGGUGUUUGAUCCUAUCAGGAGGAGGGUUGUGCCCCUCAAUCCCUACCCAGAGGACAUGGACCAGACCACCCUCAGCUACGCUGGACUUAAUCCAGGAGAUGACAAAGGCUUGCAGAUGGCCAUGGGAAACCUUGACAUCAACACCAUGGAGAGGAUAGAUGACUUUAACCCAGACAAACCUAUUCCACAGCCCUCUAAACCCCGUAGUCACAGCUGGAACGACUCACCAGCUCAAACUGGGCCCAGUAUUUGGAGCAGAGGCUACAAGCCAGCAUCUGCUGCCUCUCUCUGCUCUGCUGCCUCCCCAGACAGGCCUCCCUCCACCAGGGGGAAGGAGAGAGUCAUCGGCCUGGACGGCCUGAGGCUGCCCUGCAGAGAGCUGCAGGUGAAGCGACCACGAGAAGACUCCACUAUAUCAGACCAGGACGUGCUGCAGCAGUACUCAGCCUCCAGUCAGAAGCGACCGAGAUCAGAUCAACAGCUGGACAAGCCAGUAUUAACCACGCAGUCCUGGCCACGCAACCGCUUUGCCACCCUGCUGCAGAGGAGGACCCAGGAGGAUGAGGAGAACGGCCAAGCCACAUUCAGCAGAUUCUUCAGCGGUUCAAGUUCAGUAUCCAGUCUGAGCACUAACGAGUCUGUUCAGGAGGAUUUACCUCAGCAUGUGGAGACCAGAGCUGAGAGUCCCGCUCAGGACAACUCUCCCUUCGCCCAGUCCAAUGACAGCGAUGGUCCCGACGCGCCGUCAAUGGACACCCCCAGCCCGCCUCCAUCACCAAACACCACAUCUCCCAGCUCAACCAGUGAGGGCCUCAGACUGUUUUGCUGGUCAGGCAGCUCCACCUCGACUGAACGAACGAGAAAGGCCACCGCAGGCCUGGCUGUCCUGCAGCAGUUUCAGUAUAAGAAGGAGACUUCUUCCUCUUCCAUUAAGACUCAAAGAUCCCCCAGAGACACGUCACCCCCAUGUCCAUCCUCCACUGGCAGAAACCCACAGGACAUGGAUGACCUUCCAGACUCCCCUCCGUCCCAGGACAGUGCCUACUUCUCCCAGUCCCAGCCUUACCUCACUUCCUGCCAGAAAGAGGAACUCCCCACCUACAGCUUCCCCUCCUCCUACCAGGAGGAUGCUGCAUCUGAAAUGAAUUCAUGCAAAGAUUCAGAGCCAGAGCAGAGUCCCACACACUCAACCGAAGCAGAUAAGAAAAACGGCGUGCUGAGGUCUAAGGUUUCAGGUCUGUCAAAGCCAAACUCCAGCAGCGCGGGUCAAGCAGCAAAGGUGCGAGCGUUGGGUCCAGCCAGGGCCAGCGGACUGAGGAAAAAGUCGAUGAGUUCGGGGAAGAAAAUCCCCUCCCCCAACAACGAGAACAAACCUGGUGUCCAGGCCACCAUCAGCAGCCUCUGGAAGAACUUCAGCUUCAAAAAAGAUGCCCAGAAGAUGUCUCUCCAUAAGGAUGGAGAGCCCAUGUCUCCAGUCAAAGACGACCUGCUGGCCAGCUCAUCGCGAACGGACAUGAACUUAAUCACCAGCUUCUGAUCGAUGCUUUGAAUGUUCCACAAGUGCUGUGCACACUGUGUGGGAGUGAAGCUUUUAAACAUACCAUGUAUGUCAAUGAUUUCUCAUCAACCUGUGAUUCUUAGU